AUGCCUCCUAAAAGAAUUUUAACACAGAAAGAUGCAGAAAACGUUAAACGCAGAAGAAAAGAAACUCAACGUAUACGACGGACACAUAUGACUGAACAACAAAGGGUAAUUCUACGCAAAAAGGAUUCUUCAAAAAAACGCAUUUGUAGGGCCAAUAUGACUGCUCAGGAAAAAUGUGUCCAACUGGACAUGCAAAGAUCACGUUCUGCUGCACGUAGAAAAAAAAAAAAAAAAAGUUCUAACAUCACUAUCACUAAUCAAUAUAACAAAAGUUAUAACCAUUCACUAUUUAAUGAAGACAAUGUUCCGAUGCACACAUGUGGUCAACUUAAUGUUUAUUGCACAUUUUGCAUGGCAAAGCAUUUUCCAGAGGAACAACCAAGCGAUAAGCUUUUUAAUAAAUGCUGCAAUAAAGGAAAAAUAACAUUACCUCAUAUACAAAUUUCACCACUGAUCCAACAACUAAUGACUGGACAACACACACAUUCAAAUAAUUUUAUGCAAAAUAUCCGUUCUAUAAAUAGUGCAUUGGCGUUUGCAUCAAUGGGAGCAAACAUUGCACCACCUCCAGGAUAUGGCCCAUACUGUUUUAGAAUAAAUGGCCAAAUUUAUCACCGAUCUGGUGCUUUGCAUCCAGAAAAUGAUGAUCAACGCAAAUUUGCACAACUCUACAUUUUGAGUCCUGAGGAAGCUGCGGACCAACGAGCAGCACUAAAAGAAAAUUCAGGAUGUCACAUUGAACUUUUGAGGGAGUUAAGUUCAUAUAUGUGUCAGUAUAACCCUUUUGCAAAAGCAUGUAAAAUGCUCUAUGAGGUAGAGCAAGAAUGCAUCCAUGAAGCAUCUUUAAAUGGAGUUCAAAAUUCUAAAGUUUCAAUGGUAAUUCUGCAGGACAGAACAUCAGAUUACCGAAGAUAUAACGUACAAAGAGUUAAUCAGGUUGCUGUUAUUUUCCAAAAUUCUGAUGGUGAACCUCCUCUUGAACGUGACCUUCUUAUUCAUUGCCGAUCUACAGAUCAAACAAAAAAAACUGAAAGAAUAAGUGUUUUAGAUCCUAAUCUUGAACCAUUGCUGUAUCCUUUGUUGUUUCCAUAUGGGGACCAAAGUUGGGGUUCCAAUAUUGCUCUUAACUACAGGCCAACAUCAAUUAGUGAUGUACAAAGAAGAGUAACCACCAAUCCAAGGAUAAGAGUUAGCCAAAUGAAAUACUACUCUUACAGAAUUUCAAUUAGGGAUCAAUUCAAUCCUUUCCUUAGUGCUGGCAAGUUGACGCAGCAGUACUUUGUUGAUGCUUAUGUCAAGACUGAGGCCAACAGACUCAACUAUAUCCGUCAAAAUCAAUCUAAUCUUCGCAUUGAAAAAUAUACAGGAUUAAUGGAUUACAUUCAAAGUGAGGCUGCUGCACAGGGCCUGAUGCCUGGUAAAGCAGUUAUUUUGCCAUCAUCUUUUCAGGGAAGUCCACGAAAUAUGGCCCAAAACUACCAUGAUGCUAUGGCCAUUGUUAGAAAAUAUGGAAAACCGGAUUACUUCAUCACCAUGACCUGCAACCCUAAAUGGCCUGAGAUACUUGAUAACCUAUUAGAAGGUCAAGCAGUGGAGUUCAGACCAGAUUUGGUAGCAAGAGUUUUCAAUCUCAAAUUAAAUUCUCUUUUGAAUGAUAUCUUGAACAAACAUGUUCUUGGAAGUCCUUGCGCAAAAGUGCAUGUAAUAGAGUUUCAAAAAAGAGGAUUACUACAUGCUCAUAUCCUUUUAAUAUUGAAAGCCGAAGACAAGCCAAAUGAUGCUGAAACCAUUGACACUUUUAUAUCAGCUGAAAUUCCUGAUGAACAGAUUUAUCCAAGACUACAUGCUAUUGUAAUAAAGCAUAUGAUACAUGGUCCAUGUGGAGAACAUAAUUUAAAUUCUCCAUGCAUGGUUGAUGGUAAUUGCAGCAAGAAUUUUCCAAAAAAUUUUCAAAAAGAAACUUUAAUUAAUGUUGAUGGAUAUCCGCGAUAUCGUAGACAAAAAAAUGACACCACUGUAAUUGUCAAAGGGAAAAAAAUUGACAACUCAUGGGUAGUUCCAUAUAGCCCAUACUUCUGCUUGAAAUACAACUGCCAUAUAAAUGUAGAGAGUUGUGUUUCUGUUAAAAGUGUUAAAUAUCUCUUCAAAUAUGUAUAUAAAGGUUACGAUUGUGCAAAUAUUUCAAUUAACGAACAAAAUACACUACAGCAUGAUGAAAUUCAAAAUUUUUUGGACACAAGAUAUGUCAGUGCUCCUGAAGCUGUUUGGAGGUUGUAUGGUUUUUUGAUGCACCAUCAAACACAUACAAUAAUAAGACUUCAAGUUCAUCUUCCAGGCGAACAAGAUGUAUAUUUCCAUAAUGAAAACAUACAAUUAGCUGCAGAAAAGGCACAAGACAGGGAUACCACUUUGACAGCAUACUUUAAGUUGAAUGUGGAUAAUAAUGCGGCACGUGAACUUUUUUACUCUGACAUUCCUCAACAUUUUGUAUUUGAUGUAAAAAACCGUAAGUGGAAUCCAAGACAAAGAGGAGCAGAUACAACAAUUGGCAGAUUUAAACGUUGUGAAGAUUUUGGACUACCCAAUCCAUCAAACUUCAUUCCAGAAAUGCAAUUCAACUAUGUUACACACUUGGAAGCACAAGUUGGAGCACAACUUCAAGAAGCAUUAAACAUCGAGCAAAAAGCUGCAUUUGACAAUGUAAUGUCUGCAAUUGAUAAUGAAAAUUUACCACACAGAUGUUUUUUUAUUGAUGGACCUGGUGGAAGUGGCAAGACUUAUUUAUAUAAAACAUUAUUGAGUACUUUACGUGGACGCAGAGAUGGAGUUCUUCCUGUUGCCUCUACAGGAAUAGCAGCUAAUCUACUUGAUGGUGGCAGAACUUACCAUUCACAGUUUAAGCUUCCAAUUCCAUUACUGGAAACAUCAACAUCAAAUAUGAGAAUGACUUCAAAAGAUGCAGAGUUCAUACGUAAUGCUAAAUUGCUUAUUUGGGAUGAGGCCUCAAUGACACCCGGUAUAGCUCUAAAAUGUGUCAAUAACCUUCUUCAGGAAAUUAUGCAGAACAAUAAGCCAUUUGGUGGAAAAGUUAUACUCCUUGGUGGAGACUUCAGACAAACACUCCCAGUUCUUCCUCAUUGCAAUAGAACUGCUAUUGUGGAAGCUACUAUAAAGUUCUAUGAUCACUGGGAUAAAUUUAAAAUUUUACAAUUGAAGAAUAAUGUGCGUUCAGUGGAUCCAGAAUUUAGCAAUUGGCUACUAAAAUUAGGACAGGGUUCAUUAAAUAAUUCAGAGGGCCUUCCUGAGGAUUUAGUUGAGAUCCCUUCCAAAUUAAUAUGCAAUGAUUGUAUCAUAUCUGAAAUUUUUGGAAAAAAAAUUCUUCCAUCUGAUCUUCACAGUUUUUCAAAAAAGGCCAUUUUGUGUACGAAAAAUUGUCAUGUUGAUCAAAUUAAUGAGCAUGUAUUAAAUAUACUCGAUGGUGAGGAAAAAAUAUAUCUGAGUUCAGAUUCAAUUGAUGAUCAGACAGAUGAAGAUGCACAAAACUAUCCCAUAGAGUUUCUAAACGAAUUAGCUCCAUCAGGAAUGCCUCUUCAUAAGUUAAAAAUAAAAUUGGGAAGUAUUAUUAUGUUGCUCAGAAAUCUGAACACAAAAAAAGGUCUGUGCAAUGGAACAAGAUUGAUAGUUAAAGAUCUUAAGCCAAAUCUAUUAAUUGCAGAAGUACUCACAGGAACAGCAAAAAAACAAAUAGUGUUUAUUCCGAGAAUAGAUUUAGCCCCUGCCAACACUGAACUACCAUUCAUUUUACGAAGGAGACAGUUUCCAAUCAAACUUGCAUUUGCAAUGACCAUCAACAAAUCACAAGGUCAAACGUUAGACAAAGUAGGAAUAUUUCUUCCAGAACCAGUAUUCAGUCAUGGACAACUUUAUGUUGCAAUGUCUCGAGUUCGUACAUCAUCUGAUGUCAAAAUUAAGAUACUUCAAAGUUCAAAGCAAGGAAAGAUAUUACCAAACAUUCUUAAUGCCCAGGGUGCAAACCAAGAAGUUGCAUUCAAGUGUCCAGAACGAACAGAUCACUCACUGGGUCUUAACUAUUGCAAUGAUUUAGUGCAAGUGAUGUUUCUUGGUUACCCCCCGAACAUGUGCAAAACAACUUCUACUUACAUUAUACCCCAAGUCAGUGUACUCACUUCCAUGUUGCUGUCUGCAGUAUUCCAGAAGUCUGUGAUGUCACAACUUACCCGUCAACACAUGUUCCGGCGUUUGUGA